AUGAAUCCAUGGACCAGCAGCGAUGAGGAAGCGGCUACCUCCCGGGAGGAUUUCGAGCCAUACCAGGACUCGCCGGAGGAGACCGAAGAUGAAGGAUUGUUGCAGGCGGACGCACCCUUGCGAGGCUCGCAGCGGCCAUCCCUUGAGCUCGACCACACAUUGAGACGCAAUGACGGAACAUGGAAAGAGCAUAUCUCAGGCCGCAUACCACCGCGGUUGAAGAGAGCAUGGGCAGCGACAGUCAAGUGGGCAAAGGGACCAGAUCCACCACGAAUAUACAGCAUCGAGCCCAUAUUCCCGAAGAUCCAACACGCCCCGCUAGCUCUCCUCGACCGCUACGCUCCAAAGAAGAUACAUAAAUUCGGCUUGCUCCUCGCCGUCUACUUCAGCUGGCUCCUCGCCUUCUCCCUCGUCCUCUGGCGAAGCUCUUUCGCCGCUUCUAUCCCUGGCUACGGCACACCCGUCCGCCUGGGCUGCUACGCCCGCUACUGGAACGAGAAGAACGGCUGCGGCAUCAACGGCGACCUCUGCCGGCCAUUCGCAAACGCUACCCUCGCCUUCCGCUGUCCUGCCGACUGCGCCAGCGCUGAGAUCUUCAACCCGCAUGCUGUGGGCGACCAGGAAGUCGUCUAUAAACCGCUUGUCGUAGGCGGACCGACAGACAACCAAACGGGUUUCGAAGACGUCCUCGUCAACAACGCCGUCUACCGCGGCGACAGCUUCAUCUGCGCGUCCGCCGUCCACGCCGGCUUCAUCGACGAUGCGCAAGGCGGCUGCGGCGUCGUCACUUUGACCGGCGAACAACCCUCCUUCACCAAGUCUUCCCGCCACGGCAUCAAGUCCCUGGCUUUCGACUCCUACUUCCCACAUUCCUUUGGUUUCCUCUCCGGCACCCGCGCAGCCUGCGCUGAUCUCCGCUGGCCCGCCCUCGCCGUGACUGUGAUCUUCACAACCAUCCUCUCCCUCUUCACCACUUCCCCAGCAGUCUUCUUCUGGUCUAUCUUCGUGUCCUUCUUCUUCCACGUCGCCCUCGCCUCCGACCCCCCAAACCUCACAAAAUACACGUCUCUCCUCUCGCUCGCAUUCGGGCGGUUCUUGCCAGCUUGCUUCUGCGCCUGGGUCACGUACCGCUACACCGCGCUCCGCAGUCUCGAGAACCUGACCGCGCAGUUCGAGAAGACGAUCCUCUAUCUCGGCCCAGCAUGGCUGGGAGCGUUGAAUAAUUACACCUUCGACAAACUACCCCUCCAACGCCUGACACCCCACGACAUCAAAGCGCAGCCUGGCGCCAUACCUGCACUCAUCACGGUUAUAUUGAGUAUUUUCUUCAUCGCGCUCGGCCAGGCAUGGGCUUUCCGCGUCGAAGGGCGGAUGCCGCGAUAUCUAGCUAUCUACGGCAUUUUCGUCGCAAGUCUGCUCUUCUUUGUCGCGCUGCCGGGGCUGAACUUGAGGAUCCACCACUACGUCCUCGCCCUGCUCCUGCUACCAGGCACGUCGUUCCAAAACCGCCCCUCCCUAAUCUAUCAAGGUCUCCUACUCGGCCUCUUCAUCAACGGCGUAGCGCGCUGGGGCUUCGCCAGCGUUCUUGAAACUCCCUCCUCCCUCCUCGAAGGCGCGGCGCAGGGGACGCUUCUCCCCGCUGUCUCUGUACUAAGCUCGGGAGUGCGGAAUAUCACGUUCGACCUUGGCCCCUUGCCGAUCUGGGACGCAAAGCAGAAGGUUUCAUGGGACGGCAUAUCCGUCCUCGUCAACGACGUCGAGAGGUUUAGAGGCUACGCCGACGAUCGGAGUUAUUGGCCCGGUGAGAGGCAUGGGGGGAAUUAUACCUGGUUUUGGGACCGGCAUGAGCCGCACGCUGGUGCGGAUGAGGAGAGGGAAGGGAAGGUGGAUGUGCUGCCGGAGUAUUUUCGCUUUGGGUACAUGAGUGGGAGCGAAGUUGGGGAUUUUGGGAAAGCUGGGAAGUGGGAGGUUGAUGGGGGAUGGAAGAAGAUGGAGAGGGGGCCGAGUUGA